AUGAAAAUUAGGAGCGGAACCGAGACUCACGAGGAUAACGCCACCGCGCGCGGUCACAAGAGACAGUCAAGCAAGACGGACUCUGCGUCUGCGCCGGAGCCAAGGACCAAACAUGCCAAGACGAAGAGACAGAAACCAACGCUGACGGAGAAGGACCUCGAGUUCCACUUCGACCACUCUCAGAUCCGGGAUCCGCGAGCAACGCCGGGUCGCGUCAAGCGUCCCCGGUAUGAGGAGCGCGAACUAAGUGAGGAGUUUCUGUCCAAGUUCCACAUCCCCAAGCAUAGAAAUAAGCACACGGACCCGUUGUAUUCAUUCUACGAUCUUCAUCGAUGUCACCGUGAGAGUCCAGAUGGGUCCCCGACCUACGAUAGCGCGGGCUUUCAGCUCGACUACGAGAAAGUUGCCAAGUGGAUGAAGCCAGUGGCUUACAACAAGAAAUCAAUGGUCAAUGGCAUGGAGCGCCAUCUGAAGAGGGUCGAGGAGGAGACAAAGAAGAUCUACAACUGCUUCUUCAUUGAUGGAAAGGCCUCGGGGGGCAAGAAAACACCGAACCUUGAUAUAAGGUGUUAA